AUGGAAAUUGUGAGCCUGGAGACCGGACGGUACAGUCAGUCGGCCGGUAUCUCCACGUACUCGAGUCCCCGGUACUCCUACUCUAAACCGCCAGUCUUUCACCGGGCUCCUGCUGUACACCGAAUGUUGGUUCAUCUCAGCCGUGCCGAUGCAUUCAAACAGCUUCUUGCUUCCUACUGGCUACGAGCUGGUAGGGACGUUGUUGGAUGGAGGGAUCCUGCUGGCAAGGGCUUCGCAGCUCCAAAUCAUCAUCGUCUUAACUCGUGGGUUCGAGGAACUACCAACCCGAGGCUCUGGUCAGGGCGAUAA